UGGUAAACGCCGAUAGACAAUUUCCACGUUUGGCUAUUGUUUAUGUUUAUGUUCGGUGGUUAAAAAGCAAUCAACAAUGCAUUUGACUCAACAAAGACCGCACCACGACAUUUCCGCGCUUUUUGCGGAUGCCCAACCUGAUUUCUUACGGGUUAGUGCUCCAAUGGUGCGCUACAGCAAAUUGGAAUUUAGACGACUUGUCCGUCUUAAUGGAGUACAACUCGCUUUUACGCCCAUGAUGAUUUCGGACUCCAUUAACAACAGCGAAAAGGCCCGCCAAAACGAGUUCUCAACGGGAGCAGAUGACCAGCCACUUAUUGCUCAGUUUGCUGCAAAGGAUCCUUCAGAAUUUGUGACAUCCGCCCAGCUUAUAUAUCCGUAUGUUGACGGCAUCGACUUAAACUGUGGCUGUCCACAAAGCUGGGCAAUUUCUAAGGGAUAUGGAUGUGGGAUGUUGCGGCAGCCGGAACUAGUGCGUCAAGUGGUGCAGGAGGUGAGACGCACUUUUCCCACCGACUUCAGUGUCUCGGUGAAGAUGCGUCUGCUGGGAGGAGAAGACUCCUUGGAGCGCACCAUUGAUUUGGCCCGUCAGUUGGAGCACGCCGGCGUCACCUUUCUCACUCUCCAUGGAAGGACACCAGCACAAAAACACUCGAAGGACACACUGGACAUUCCAGCCAUGUCAGAGGUGCGCCAAUCUCUGCGGAUUCCCCUGAUAGUCAACGGCAAUGUGGAGACCUACAAGGAUGCCUGCGACUUGCAUGAACAGACAGGAGCCGCUGGUGUGAUGGCAGCCCGUGGCUUACUCGCUAAUCCGGCACUUUUUAACAGCGCCUACCCGGAUAGCAGGUCGACGCCUUUAUCCUGUGUGCAACAGUGGUUAGAUAUUUCCGCUGCAGCUGGGGAUAACCUGCUGUUCCAGUGCUUUCAUCACCACCUCACCUUUAUGUGGAGCGCCCAGAUGAAGCGAGAACUGCGUGUUCAGUUCAAUAGUUUGGGCAGCAAAACCAAGGUUGUGGAAUUCCUUAAAGAACACUACAGUCUGCAAUCCGGUGAGGAUGACCCAGUGCCGGCAGAUUAUACGGAUUGCACAUACACCCACUUUACACCUCCCAAACACGCCCGGCAUAUUGCCGCCGAAUCGGACGAACUGGCCUGGAGUUCAAAGAGCGAUGGAAAGUUCUUCACGGAGUUUAGGGCGCACCAGUUGACGGGAACUGGCGGAGAGGAUCUGGAAUUGGGCGGUCUUUUUGGGGAUGAAUAGUGAAUUCUUUUGACUUGUUAGUGUAGUUAUGAAAUUGUCAAAAUUGUACAAAUUAAACAAUCGUUUAUAAAAUAAACUUUAUUUGCACUGUA